CAAGAACAGACAGACUUUUUGACAGAGAUGUGACCUCGCUGGACAUCUAUAGAGAUCUGCCUAUAUUGUUAGUAGCUAGAGUUUAUUAUUUCAUAGAACAAUUCAGAUAAACUGUGGUAAUGGGGAAACUGGUGUUUUUUUUACUUGUUUCAUCUCUUUUUCUGGAUGUGACCUUUCAAUUCAAAGGAAAAAAAGCCAGGAAAUCCAAGAGGAACAUCACUGAAGUGGUAAAUCCCAGAACAUUUAGAGGAGAAAUCAUCCAGUUAAAGUCUGUCUCUCUCCCUAAUGCCACCCAACAGACACAGACACAACAAGCACCCCAUUCUUCUCCCCUCCUCAGCCCCUCUGCCCUUACCCCUCCGGCGCUGCGGUUGCUAAGCAAUGACACCGCGGCGUAUCUUGCCGGCCCGCUGAGCACACGGGUCAUACCUUGCGUUUACGUGCUAGCCGUUGUCGUGGGGAUCCCGGCCAACGUUGCCAUCUUGUCUGCCGUGGCCACUAAAGUCAGGACAGUGUCGUCAACCAUCCUCUACUGCAGCCUGGCCGUCUCCGACCUCUUCCUCCUCCUCUCUCUCGUCUUCAAGGCCCACUACCAUCUCCACGGCAACCACUGGAUGUUCGGCGAGACUGCCUGCCGCGUUGUCACGGCCUGUUUCUAUGGCAACCUCUACUGCUCGACCCACACGCUAGCCUGCCUUAGCAUCAAGCGUUACCUGGCUGUGGUGCACCCCUUCCUCUACAAGAGCCUUCCCAAGAGGGCGUGCACCGUUUGGGCCAGUUUGGCUGUGUGGGGGGUGUUUGGGGCUGCCGUCAUACCCAAACUACUGGUCCGUCAGAGCUACCGCGUACCCCAGCUCGGCCUCACCACCUGCCAUGAUGUACUCCCCCGGGACUACAGCUCCCAUGCUCCUCUGCUCUACUACAAUCUGGGCCUGACAAUCCUGGGUCUAUUAGUCCCCCUGGUGGUCACGGCUGUGUGUUACACACGGAUCGUACGAGAACUCAACCGCUCGCACCACGACUGGACACUGUAUGUCAAGGCCAGCUCACUGGUGUUUGUGAUCUUCGUGGCAUGUUUCGGCCCCGCCGCGACCCUCCACUUCCUGCAUUACGUACGCCUGUUGGAGGGCGGAGAGGAGAGCUUCUAUGGCUACUUCAAGGUAGCGGUGUGUCUGUGCUGCCUGCAUGCCUGCCUGGACCCGUUCCUCUUCCUCCUCAUGUCUAAAUCAGCCGGAUCCAAACUCUACUUCAUGACCCUCAAGGGGAAGAGACUGAACACCUCCACCUGAAUCUUAAUCUGGAAUAGAAUCUGGAUUAAAAGUGUCCCCAGAUGAUCAGAAUAAUCAGAAAAGUCCCUGAGCAUCCCCAACUGAAUUUUACAUGAUCUGGAUUAGAACCUGGAUCACAGGCAUACAUUUAUGUCAGAGAACUCAAUCUGUAGCUAAACUGUGAAUGUAUGUGACUGACUAUCAGAGCAUCCUCUCUAUUUCUGAGUAUCCUAUCCACUUAUUCUGAAUGAAGAUUUGGAUCAUAAACAGGCCACAAACAGGAUCAGGGUUGGGACAGUUAUGGAUCUCAGUGUAAAUGGGACAACAUCUGGUUUAGGAUCUAGUUCCAUAUGUGAUAUCUGUUUGGAUUUGUAUGUGACUCUUUGCUGUUUUUUUCUGUUUGAGCUGGAAACCAGAUGGCAGAAACAGGACCUUUCCGACAACGAACAGAUAGUAAUGUCAACUACUGUAUCAAUAAUUGUACACUGUAUUCCAAGUAGACUGGACUGGAAUUAUAUUGUGUGUGUGUGUGUGUGUGUGUGUGUGUGUGUGUGUGUGUGUGU